AUGAGCUCGAUGAAGUUCCUGUUGUUUGUAUGGAUUCCAUUGACGAACAGUCUUGUAAAUACGAGCAGCAACGAACUAAUUUCAAAAAGUUUGGGCCAAUCUUCUGGUUCUUCUCGUCUCAAUGCUUCCAACCAAGCGUCGUGUCCUUGGCUUUGCGAGAGUGGGUGGACUUACUUCGACAAAACCGAUUCUUGCUACAAGACUUUCCUUGAUGCAAAUGCUUACGAUGCUGAACACAUCUGUAACGUCGUUGGAGGACAUUUGACUUCGAUACACAGCUCUGCCGAGAAUAUAUUUGUAGCCGAGUUGGCAAGAACGGGUAGGCAAUGGAUAACCGCCAACGACCUAACCUGGAUUGGUCUGUGGGCUGAAGGUACAGGAAGGAAAAUAUAUACCUGGACUGACGGCACAAAAGUUGACUAUCUACCCUGGGUUGUGGGUGCACCUCAGGCUCAUGAAGAUCAACGCUGCGUGUUGCUGUACAGUGAUCAUCGUCUCGACUCACAUUAUCCUGUUUUCUAUCAAAAAUGGAACGAAUAUAUAUGCGCCGAAAAAGAGAGAUCGUUCGUAUGCAAGAAGGCGGCUUUGCACUAACGCUACACUUACGUGCCAUUAAAAAUUUAUGAAGAACA